AUGCAAGACGAGAUGUUGCUUGUCGACUUCAAAAACGCACAGGCAUGGAAUGAAUGGGUUCAGACGAAGGAAUGGCAGGAUUUCAUGCAGAAGACAGAGAAGGGGGGCGUUUUCAGGUGCCUCCACCAUGAAGCAUGCACCAAUAGUUUAAGGGGUUUGAGGGGCCCUAUCGGGGCCAUAAUGGCCGUGAUUGACAGCUUCAACAGUGUCCAAAUAUGGGAAGAGUCGUUAUUUAAAAUUUCAAAAGUUCAAAAAGAUAUUUUACAAGACGAUGAAUCCGUAUGGUAUGGAUUCAAACGUCGCCGUGACCAUACUGUAAGGCUCUUACAUACGUUGCACACGGCGUACUUCCUUACCCUGAAGGCUGGGAGCCAAGCAUGCCCAGAACGGAAUGUCGCAACAGAGCAAAGGGAGAGAGAAAAGGAGUGGGAAUGGAGCAGCCUUGGAAACAGCAGCAGUGGCCCCGUGGAUCCUGCCCGCCAUCACCCGCUCCCAGCUCUUGGCGUUCGAUCUACGCGUCCCGGGCUUGGCGCUCGGGGCUUGGCGAUGAGAGGAGCUUGGCAUUUUCCUCCUUGUGGAAGUGUAACCACCACCGACCCGGGCUCCUCAAUAACAGCUCUUACUAUUUGCUUGGCCGCCUCAAAAUCAGCAGCACUAUUGGCUUACUGA